AGUUUUAUCUUCAUGAAAGUGAAGUAAAUAGAAACUAAGAGAUGUACCUGCCUUAUCGGGAAGUGGAAGAAGAAAAUUAGGGAAAUCAAUGGCGGAGGAGAAAUACAAAACCCUAGAGGUAGUAGAGAAGAACCCCAAAUCAGGGGUGUUCCACCUUUACUUGAAUCGUCCGAGACAACGCAACGCUCUGACGCAUGAUUUCUUCACUGAGUUCCCCAAAGCCCUGUAUGCCCUGGACCACAACCGUGACGUCAACGUCAUCGUGUUAUCCGGCGCCGGCGAUCACUUCUGCUCCGGCAUCGACAUUUCCCAGUUGAAAUCUAUCACGCAGUCCUACCACGAUGCCGGGGAGAGUCUCCGUCGGCAGAUCCUGGCGAUGCAAGAUUCCGUCACGGCGUUGGAGCGGUGCCAGAAGCCAGUGAUUGCUAGUAUCCAUGGCGCUUGCAUCGGUGGUGCAAUUGACAUCGUGACAGCCUGUGACUUAAGGUAUUGCACGGAGGACGCGUUCUUUUCGGUGAAGGAGGUUGAUUUGGCCCUGGCUGCUGAUCUCGGCACUCUUCAGAGACUGCCAUUAAUUGUUGGCUACGGUAACGCCAUGGAGUUGGCCUUGACAGCUCGCUGGUUUUCCGGUUCCGAGGCUAAGCAGUUGGGCCUCGUUUCUCGCGCUUUCCCUUCCAAAGAUGACCUCGAUCAAGCUGUCUCGGUUCUUGCUCAGGAAAUUGCUGCCAAGUCUCCCCUUGCAAUCAUGGGGACAAAAACAGUGCUGCUUAAAAGUAGGGACUUAACUGUGGAUCAGGGAUUGGACUUUGUUGCAACCAUGAAUUCUGCCAGAUUGUUGUCAAGUGAUUUAACUGAAGCAGUAGCAGCACAACUGCAGAAACGAAAGCCAGUUUUCUCGAAGCUGUGACUUAAAAUUGUUGGAGGGAGUGACAUGCAUUUCGUUUGUUACUAGAUAUUCAGGAUAAAGCUCUAUAAUCUAUUUUCAUAUAUGGAAGUGCCAAAGAAAUAUAUUUUUUAGACAUGCAAAUUAUUGUUGCACGUUUAAGAUAUAGUAGAAGCUGAGUUAACACUU